CCCCCCUUUUGUAACCCUUUUUCGUGAUGCGUCCGCGUUUCACCUCCGCACUCUUUCUCGUAAUCUUGUUUCUACAGUUCGCUGGCUUUGCAUCAACCGCUGCCUUGCCACCCCAUGCGGGUAUGACUUGGCAGCGAAUGUCAAUAGCGAUCGGAAGGAGAAUGUGUUUCACCACCUGCAGGAUCGUCGAGGACCCGGCAAACCACGACAUUCAACCUGUGGCUGCCACGUCCACCAUCUCUGACACCGGCUCUGCCUCUACUAUCAUCGACGACCCGAGCGUCACAUCAUCCUCAGUCGCUCCUGUCUCGACUUCCACAUCCGAUAACGAUACCUCAUGCUCCACUCCGGAAUGCCAGGUGCUGUCCGAGUCCACCAGUGCAUCGAGCGUGUCUGCGUCCACACCCUCCAUCAUCAAUCUCUUCGUUUUUGGGCUCACUGGUGCUAGCUUGUCUGUCCUUCUAUCCUUCUUCUAAGCUCCGAGGCCCUCUCCUCGAUUUCGUUCGUAGUAUUGCGAGCGUCAAGCACAAAGAAGUCUGUCCAGACCUGUUGUAGAACGAGUGUACCCCGAAUUCCCGACCUUCCUGUUUCUGCGCCCGCAUCCUUCCCCACCUACAGACAUCCAACUUCUCGAUCAUCAGCCCUUUCACUACAGUACUACUAGGACUAUUGGUGACGAACGGACCCUCUCUGUUUCGCGCUCCGACGGAUAAAGAUUAUUCGUACAUAUAGGGACUGUCGAAUGCCGACUUAGAUCCAGGAAUGCUGUAGCUUUACAUA